GGAGUGAUGGUGUUGGGGUGUGGUGUGUGUAGUAGGCAGAGGGAUAUGGGUUGAAAUUGAUAUUCUCAAGAAGAAAGGUAUGUGGUUGGCGGGAGUGAGAGGACAGUAUUUGUGCCGAUGAUGGUGCUUGGUUCAGGAGGGGGAUGAACUGUACUGGGUGUGUAGUCAGGGGGACAAGUCCAUGUGUGCAGAAGCACGAUGACGGUGGACAAUGGCAUUUGAACCUGCGACUUCCGGUGUGACAGACUGAGCAACAGAGGUCUGGACACAUGGACACAAGUCCAUGUGUGCAGAAGCGGGAUGGCAGUGGACAAUGGGAUUUGAACCUGUGACUUCCGGCAUGGCAGACUGUGCAACAGAUGUUCAGAGUCGUCGGACACAUGGACACAAGUCGGUGUGUGCACAAGUGCAGUGACGGUGGACAAUGGGAUUUGAGCCUGUGUCUUCCAGCGUGGCAGACUAAGAGACAGACGUACGGGUGUAUGGGGUUUGAACCUGUGACUUCCGGCGUGGGAGACUGAGCAACAGACGUACGGACAUGUGCACAAGGAUUCCUUCUGUGUAAAGCCUGAACGAGAGCAUGCCAGACGUCCCAAGCGAAAGGUAGGUGGUGGCGUGGGUGAGGGACCUAUGGGCAUGGUAGUUACAUGCAGUGGAGAAGAUGCAGGCGUGUGUAAGGAGGAGUAUAUCGUAUGCCUUCGUUAUGUAAGGUGAGUGCCGUAAUCGUUCCAGUUCGUAGUCACAUCUGCCUGAUUUGAACCUGCGACUUCCGUUUUGACUCUGGCCACCAUCAUCCAUACAAUGGGGCAUAAAAAUCAGGCAGAUGUGUCCACAAUCUCAUGGCAGAGCAGUAUAUUUCAUGGCCAGAAUGAGGACCCUUGGAUUUCGGCCGCGUGUUUAGAACAGGAAUUUGUCGCAGCUCAGCUGGUACACCAAUGAACUGUCGAAUAUGUCUCAGAGUUCAAAUCCCGAUGCAAUCGAUUCGCUCCGAGUUACUUUGGGCCGGUCAGUGUAGUGAUCUUAUCUCAAGGUCGUCGCCCCGUUAUAAGAAGGGCAUUUGUUAAUUUCUAGUGAGGGGAAGACCGGGUGUUGUUUGGUUUUCCGCAGUCUGACUGCAGAAAUCACCAUGUCAAGAAGCCCAGUCUUUGAUUUUUGCCCCUUUCUGGACAUGGUAAGUAAGUGGACUCUUUCAUUUCUGCCCCCCCUUUCUGCCCAUUCUUUGAUUUUUGCCCCUUUCUGCACAUGGUAAGAAAGUGGAUUCUUUCAUUUCUGCCCCUUUCUGCCCAGGUGGAGGCUCCACAGCUCCGACCCCUCAUGCGCCUCGCCGCCGCACAGCACGCCCUUGUUGCCGAAGAGGCGAGUCGCCAAGCGAGUAAAGUAAACCAUUCUUCUGCCCCUUUCUGCCCAGGUGGAGGUUCCACAGCUCCGACCCCUCAUGCGCCUCGCCGCCGCACAGCACGCCCUUGUUGCCGAAGAGUCUGAGUCGCUAAGCGAGUAAAGUAAACCAUUCUUUUGUACGUCUAUCAAGAGCACUUCGCCCCUUUCUAAAGUCCGUCAAGAGCACUUUGCGUGCUUGUUGCUGAAGAACUGCCAAGUGAGUGGGCCAUUCUUUUGCAAGCCCAUCAAGAGAUCUUUGUGCCUUACCCCGCUUACUCUUGAUAAUCCCGUAGGCUUGUAGCAAUAGCAAUACGGUUUCAGGAUUGAUUGAUUCAUCUGCCCUCUGGCUAGCUUUCAGUCAGAAGAGUCAGAGCCAGAAUGGGAAGGGAACCCAUUGAUUUAUUUCAGGUUUCAGGCGUGAUUGAUUUAUCUGCCCUCUGGCCAGCUUGAGAAUUGUUUUCUGUUUUCAUAGGCCGCAAAGACUGGAGCAGGGGUGAGUUUAUUUUCUGCCCCUUUCGAGUCGAGACCCCCGAACGGGGGGAUUCGUUCAUUUCGUUCAUCUCAGCAAGGGCUAGAGUGAUUUCUGCCCUAUGGCCAAAUUGGGAGGCGGUGUCUUUCUGGCCCAUGAGCAUAAUUGAGAUUCUUUGGCCUGUGCCACAUGGCUAGAAUGGGAAGAUUUGUUGACAUCUGGCCGGUUUGGCCAGUGGACCCAUGGAACCAAAAGUGAGUAUCAAAUUGGGAGGCGGUUUCUUUCCGGGCAAAAUUGGCACAAUUGAGAUUCUUUGGCCUGUGCCGCAUGGCAAGAAGGGGGAUAUCCAUUGACGUCUGGCCGGUUUGGCCAUUGGGCCCAGGGAGCCAAAAGCGAGUGGCAUCACCACCGUGCAUCGGGCUGGAUGAUUAAGCCCGGAAGUGAAAAGGAGGACAACCCAGACCUCUGUUGCCUGUUCACAUGGCCUGCACUGCAGGACAGCAACAUGAAGGCAGCAAAAUGGCGAUGAUGCAACGACGGCUACUCCAGUGACGAAAGCAACAAACUAUGGCGACUACUUGGAAAGAUGGUGGGAGAGCGGUUGUUGGAGUUCAAAUUAGGAGGUGGAGGGCUGCGGAGGAGCCAUGCAUCUGAAGCAAUUGGAUGGCAUCUGGAAGGACGAGGUCGCAAGAACAGGUAUCAUGGAGGAAUAUGUGAGCAAGCAGGCAAAUGAGGAGCACUUGAUGCCGGUGAUGGGAGCCGUGAUGAUGUUGGCAGUGAUCGUGAUGGUGAUAGUGGUGGCGGUGGAGGCGACGGUGGAGGCGGCAGUGGUGGCGGUCUCGGCGGCAGUGGCGAUGCCGGCGGCGGUGGCAGCGGUUGCGGCGAUGGUGGCGGUGCUGAUGGUGGUGAUGGUCGCAUUGCCACUGUUGCAAGGGAAGGGGCACAACAUAGGGGGAAUAUUCAGACUUGUCCUGUUUGGACAAAAUCUGGCCUUUAUUGUGUCCAGAUACGUUCAGGAUCUGAGUAACUACAUGAGCAGGCGGAGAGCUCCUGCUGCUACUGAUGAUGAUGAUGGGGAGGAGGAGGAGGAGGAGGAGGAGGAGGAGGAGGAUCAAGACAAGGAGAUGUCAUGGGCAAUCUGGAAGCCUCGUUUGGAUGAGGUAGGAGUAAAGAGUACUGAUUAAUUGACAUACGAAAAGAGUGGCUAGCACUAAUCGCGAAUUGGACAGCAAGAAAUCGCGACAGUUUGCGUCUGCGGCAAUUGUAAGAAAGAUCUUCAACGAGGUGCACGCCUUUCUGGAAUCAAUUUAUGGUGAGGUCUGUGAGUACUUAGCAUAUUUUUAAAGAGGGGCCGGAUUGUUCACAAUAAUUGUGCUACGUAGUAUGUACCAUUAACAAAGCAGACUGUGUCGG